CUGACUAUUUGAAUAUCUGACCCAGAAUAUCUGACCCAGAAUAUCUGACUUUUAUAACGACUUAUAAUUUGGCUAUACGACUAAACUUUCUUGAUGAAUGCCUCCAACUAUUUUGACGAAGAUUACAUUCCUGGUACUAUCAAUGUCUUGAAUGCCAAUGAUGAUAGUUCCAUUACAACCACUAAACCCAUCAAAAGAAGUAAAAAUGGCAUUAUUUUACUUCCCCAACCUUCUGAUUCUCCAAAUGAUCCUCUUAAUUGGUCUUUCCUUCGUAAAGCAUGGCAUUUUGCUCUUGUUUCUUUCUUUACCGGGCUAACUGCAGCCAUUUCAAAUGAUGCUGGUGCUGCUCAAGAUUCUUUGAAUAAAAUUUAUGGUAUCUCUUAUGAUGCCAUGAACACCGGGGCAGGGGUUCUUUUCAUUUUCAUUGGUUGGUCCUGUAUCUUUUUGGCUCCUGCUUCUUCUCUUUACGGAAGAAAAAUUUCCUAUCUUGUUUGCUUACUUUGCGGUUGUUGUGGUUCCAUUUGGUUUGCAGUUGCUAAUAAAACUAGUGAUACCAUUUAUUCUCAAAUCUUUGUUGGUAUAAGUGAAUCAGCUGCUGAAGCUCAAGCUCAGCAGUCUCUUUCAGAUAUCUUCUUCCAACAUCAAUUGGGUUCGGUAUUGACCGUUUAUAUCUUAGCUACCUCUGUUGGUUCUUUCUUGGGUCCUUUAAUUGCUCAUCUUAUCUCCCAAUCCCAAACUUUCCGUUGGGUUGGUUGGUGGGGGGCCAUCAUCACUGGUAUUUCUCUUAUCAUUUUUAUCUUCACUUGUGAAGAAACGGUCUUCGAUAGAUCUAGUUAUUUCCCGGUUUAUGAUUCUAAUUUAAACGACGAUAAACAAUCUUUAGAUCAACAACAGAAUAUCGAUCAAGAUAUCGAUUUAGAGAAAAAAGAUUCUAAUAAGGAUGCUAACGAUAACCCUCAAAAUUUGAUCACCGUCACUUCAAAAAUCGAAAAUAACAAUAAUAUUAAUAACGAGAAAGCUGAAUCAGAACCUUUAUGGCCUAUUCAUAAAAGACUUGCAAUCAUUACUCCUUCUCCGUACCUUGAAGGAUAUGGUUUCAAACAAUACCUUCAAAGAUUUAUUGUUUAUUUCAAAGUAUUCACCUUACCAGCAGUUUGGAUCUCAGGUAUCUUAUGGGGUUUACAAGAUGCUUAUAUGACUUUUUUCCUUACUACUCAAGAUACUUUUUUCCCUGAAGAUCCUUGGAAUUAUUCUGAAACCGGUGUUGCAAUUAUGAAUGUUGCUACUUUGGUUGGUGCUGUUUUUGGUUGUUUUAUGUCAGGGGUUUUAUCCGAUAAACAUGUCUUGUGGCUUGCCAAACGUAAUAACGGUAUUUUAGAACCAGAAUUUAGACUUUGGUUGCUUUUCAUCACCUUGAUUGUUUCUCCAGUUGGUCUUUUGCUUUUCGGUAUUGGAGCGGAAAAAUCUUGGUCGCCUUAUGCAAUCUAUAUUGGUUUAGGUUGUAUUGGUUUCGGAUGGGGGCUGAUUGGUGAUACUGCCAUGUCUUAUCUUAUGGAUGCUUAUCCAGAUAUAGUUAUUCAAGGUAUGGUGGGUGUUUCUAUUAUUAAUAACACCUUAGCAUGUAUCUUCACUUUUGUCUGCUCUUUAUGGUUAGAUAGUGCUGGUACUGCAAAUACUUAUAUUGCAUUAGCUGUUAUUGAUUUUGUUUCAAUUGCUUUUAUUAUACCAACUUUACUUUGGGGUAAAACUUGGAGGAAAAGAACAAGAAAGCUUUACGCUCAAUUAGUAGAAUUAACUCAAGGUAUGGGUUAA